UAUCUGGCAUCUCGUAUGGUUCCCCGAUCACUGACCGGAGUAAUUCUUGAAUUCACAACCAGGAGUCAACUCUGAGCAUCACCAGAAGAAAAGAAAGCAUGGCCUCCAUCACUAAAGAAAUGUGGAAUGAUGCCACUUGCUCCAUUUGCCAGCAGCUGAUGACAGAGCCUACGAGUGUUAACUGUGGCCAUAGCUUCUGCAAAUCGUGCAUAUUGGGCCUCCUUGAACCCAGAAUCUGCCCCCUGUGUCAGACACCAAUCAGUCGGGCAAGCUGCAGGCCCAACAAGCAGCUGCAAAGCCUCAUUGAAAUCCUUAAGAAAAUGGACCAAAAAAGUUUGUGUAAGGAACAUAACGAGCAGCUCCACCUGUUCUGUGAAAAUGACGGUCAGCUCAUCUGCUGGUGCUGUGAGCGGUCACCACAGCACAGAGGACAUGUCACUGUUCUUGUUGAAGACGCAUGCCAAGACUACAAGGAAAAGCUGCAGAAAACUUUAGCAAGAUUGAAGAAUUUGGAAGAAAAAUGCCAAAAUCAAAUGACAGUCACAAAGCAGCAUAUAAUUGAAUGUGAGAGGGUGACAGAGAAUCAAAAGCAAAAUAUCGAGUCUGACUUUAAGAGUCUUCAAGAUUUCCUGCGUGAGGAAGAGAAAUCUCAUCUAUGGAGACUGGAGAACGAAAAAGGGAAAGUUCUGAAGAGACUGCAGGACAAUGAAGCAAAUCUACAAGAGCAGAGUCAGGAACUCAAGAAACACAUUCUGCAGCUUGAGGACAAAUGCCGGGGCCCAGCUCAGAAUCUACUUCAGAAUGUGAAAGAGGUCUUGAACAGGAGUUCUGCUGUGAUGCUGAAUUUGCCAGAGACUGUCUCUUUGGACCUUGAUAAGAAGUGCAAUGUUUCUGAGCUUUACCUUGAUGUGAAAAAGAUAUUAAGGAGCUAUCAAGUCAACGUGACUCUGGAUCCAGAAACAGCUCAUUCUGAUCUAAUUCUGUCAGAGGAUCACAGAAGAGUGACUCGUGGGUACGAGCCCAGGCCUCACACUUCCACAAGAUUUACGUCCUUAUGCUGUGUCUUGGGCUGUGAGGGCUUCGCCUCAGGAAGAUGUUACUUUGAAGUGGACGUGAGAGGAAUUACUCAAUGUGAUCUGGGAGUUUGUCUGGAAAAUGUGCCAAGGGAUGUUGACAUAACUAUGGAGCCUGCAUCUGGAUUCUGGGGCAUUCGACUGUUCAAAGAGAAGAACUGUGCUGCCCUCACCUAUCCCAAAUUAUUUCUUCCUCAGAAGAAUCCUGGGAUUAUAGGGGUUUUCCUGGACUAUGAGGCUGGAUUUGUGUCCUUUUACAACAUGAAUACAGGCUCCUGUAUUUAUACCUUCCCCAAGGCCGCCUUUUCUAGAACUCUCCGGCCUUUUUUUAGGGUUUUACCAGAUUCUUCUUUGUUCCUGCCUCCCCUAAGUAAAGCAUAA